CAAGAAUACCCUCAGAGGACCAGGAGCUACAAGAAGAAGGAAUAUAGCCUAAUAACAUUUUUGUUUUUUAUUCCCCAAAGAAGCAGCUGAAACUCAGGAUGCACAGGUGUAUCGGUGGAGUUUGCGUGUCUCUUAUUUUUUGCGCGUUUCUCACGGAGACGAUCGGAAUGGUAAUUGCGUCAAAAGAAAAGAGAGGAUGGACCCUCAACAGCGCUGGGUAUCUUCUAGGUCCUCAUGCCAUUGAUAACCACAGGAGCCUUAACGACAAACACGGACUGGCAGGGAAGAGGGAAAUGCCCAUAGAGGAGGAUUUCAAGACAGGAGCUCUGAGAAUAUCAGAUGAAGAUGUUGUACAUACCAUCAUAGACUUUCUUUCUUAUCUAAAAUUAAAAGAAAUUGGGGCUCUUGACAGUCUGCCGUCCUCUCUCACGUCAGAGGAGAUCAGUCAACUGUAAUACGGACCAAAUUCAGCAUUUACACACUCUGACCUCCACUGAAUUCUCUCCCUGAGGCUGUCUUAUGUUGUAUGUGUUCUCCAUUGCACUGUUCUUUACAUGCUAAACUGUCAAUAUUACCCCGUAACUUUCUAUAAUCUAUAAGAAUAACUUAAUUGCUGAUGUGGAGAUGGAUUAACAAAAAAUAAAGUUUAUAAAUGGCAUUC